AUGCAUGUGCUUUCUCUGCUCUCGAUGGCCACACUGGCUCUAGCGGCUCCCAACAUGACUAGGAAGCGAGCUGAGCCCGCACCGCUCUUCAAAGCUUUGGAUAACAACCCUAGUGCCAAAGUUAUUCCCGGAAGGUAUCUCGUGAGGUUGAGUGAAACAGCUGAGGCACCUAGUAUUGCACAAACACACAAUGCCGUUCAUACAUACAGCUCAAAAGGGCUCAAGGGUUUCGCCGCUGAGCUUGAUGAUGAUGCUCUCGAGGCUGUUAGAAACAGGCCUGAUGUUGAGUAUGUUGAGCAAGAUCAAGUGAUCAACUUGUAUGACUAUAUCUCUCAGGAAGAUGCACCAUGGGGUCUUACUCGGAUCUCACACCAGGCUCUUGGCUCUACGAAUUAUGUGUACGAUAGCUCUGCCGGGGAGGGUAUCUGUGUCUAUAUUAUUGACACAGGUAUCAAGAUCGAUCAUGAAGAAUUCGAAGGCCGUGCCGAGUGGCUGCAGAACUUCACUGACGACGGCAAAGACGAGGAUUCCCUGGGACACGGAACAUGGGUUUCUGGUCUUGUUGCCUCACGCUCAUAUGGUGUCGCCAAGAAGUCCAAGGUCUUUGCUCUCAAGGUCUUCGCCGAAGAUGGCUCAGCCACUGGAGCGGGCAUCAUCGCCGCCAUGGACUUUGUGGUCAGUGAUUCCGCUAAGCGAGAUGGCUGUCCGAAGGGCUAUGUAGCCAACAUGUCUCUCGGUGGCGGCUUCAGUCAGACCAGCAACGAUGCAACUGACGCCAUGGUCAAGGCCGGCGUUUUUGUUGCUGUAGCAGCCGGAAACGAUAACGUGGAUGCUGCGGGCACAUCACCAGCUUCUGCCCCGUUGGCUUGCACAGUCGCCGCGUCAGACUCGAACGACGCCAAGGCUUCCUUCUCUAGCUAUGGAGGCGUUAUUGAUGUAUGGGCCCCAGGUGUUGGCCUUGAGUCCACUUCAUACCAGGGAGGCUCGACUUCCGCGUCUGGAACAUCCGGAUCCAGCCCUAUAGUUGCUGGUUUGGGAGCAUAUCUCAUGGCUUUUGAAGGCCUAAGUGGUGGAGAAGGGGUCUGCGAUCGGAUCAAGGAGCUUUCGGUCAAGGGGGUGCUCAGCGGUGUUCCAGAAGGCACAGUAAAUCAGCUUGCUUUCAAUGGUGCCUCAUCAUAG